AACCAAGAAAGAAAAAGCGAUAAUGGGCACCAAGCGGAGCAGGAAGGGAGCCGAGCUGCCCACACGCAGCAGCGGCGUCUCGAGUCUCUCGUACGCGGCAACGGAGUGCCCACCUCCUGCGAAGGUGCCGAGGCCUACUGUUGUCGCUGCACCACCGUCCAGCGCUCGUCGAUUCGGGUUUAAAGGGCCGUCGAUCUCGCAGCUGCCGACACCCGCCACCAGCGCUACGAGUAUCAAGACCAAGCUGGAGAGUAAUGUACAUGACAGGACGCUGAUCGGAGGCAGAGUAGCGGUAGAUGCAAUGGAGAUCGCAGCGCCCAUUGAUUUGGACGUCCACAUACUGGAGACAUUCAAGCAGAGCUUCAGUCAGGAGAUGAUGGCGACGCUUGAGCAGCUGCUGGCGUUCAAACACAAGACCAACAAGUUCGCAGUCAAAGCGCGAAAGGAGGAGCAGAUUAACUACAUCAAACAGCUCAAGGCCGGCGUGCGUGACAUCGUGGCUAAGAUUCAAGACUUCAGCAAAGAAUGCACAGCGAUGGAUAACAAAUUAACUGCUGAGAAGGCGACGCUAGAGCGGAGACUGGCUGUGUUACAGCACUCGGCGAGGAGCAAGGACCAGUCAGACAUUGAACUGAGACAGCUACGACAUCAGCAUGAAAUCCUGCAGAAAAGUGUCGCACGAAUCCGUGCAUCAGAGCAGGAGGUUGUACGCAGCAAUGCAGUACUUCGAGAUAACGCUGCGAAGCUUGAGAUCCAGCUUGAAGAGACUCAGAAAGCGAAUGAGCAGUUGAAACUGGAUCUGAAGGCACAUGAAGCACGAAUGACGGACGAGUCUCGGCGGUUUGAGGAGAUGAAGCAUGAACUGGAACUGUCCUAUGAGAAGAAAGGCCACGACGACGAUAAACGCAAGCAGGCUGAGAUGGAGAAGAUGCAGGAGCAGCUUAGCAAGACCCGGGAGGAACUGGUUUUGGUGCAGAAGGAUCUGGAUAAUUACACGGAUAAGUCUAUCAAUGCAGCAAACAACCUUAACGAUGAACGGGAACGACGCACGAGGACGGAGAUGGAGAAGUGCACUCUCGAGGCGAAGAAUCAGGCUUUGGAGACUCGUGUGAGCAGUGCGGAGAAAGAGGUGGCAGAACUGAAGGAAAAGCUGCAACAGAAGGAUGGAGAAGUGUCAAAUCUCGUCAAGAGUUUGACUGAAAUCCAAAAGUUUAACGCGUCUACGAGCACGAAGGUUGAAGCGGACAAGAAGGAGCUGGCGGAUAAGGUGGAGCGACUACAAACUACUAUUCGCAAUCUCGAGCGACAGGAGUCUUCCAGUUCAACUACAGUGCGUGAUCUUCGCAAUCAGUUGGAGCUGGAAAUCAAAGCCCGAAAGGAGGCUGAGCAGAGCGAGCAGCAAGUUUGCGCUCGAAUGAAGGUGUUAGAUAGUGAUCUGCAAGAGAAUUUGCAGAAGGUUGGAGUGGAGGGGGGUGUUCGACAAAUGCUCGAGGAUCAAGUACGCGAACUUCGGACAGAACAUAUCGCUGUAAAUGCUCAGAUGGAAGCGGUGAAAGCAGAGAUGAAGCGACUUCAGUCUGCCGGUGUGGACUCCAAGGAGCAGCAUAACAUGCAAAUUGAAAUUCUGGAAGAGAGGUUUCGUCAAGAGAGAGAAAACUUCAGGAGUCAGAUCGACAGGUUGCAGGAGGAGAAGGUGAGCUUGGAGAGCGAAGUCCAGACGCUGCGGACACGAGCUUCCACGGUUCGAGAUGGAGAUGUUGAAGAGCUGUGCAAGGUGAAACGCGAGGCCGACAUUCUACGUCGGCGUCUAACUGAGUUGACCAACCAGGGGGCCCAAUCGAUCGCCCAGAAGGAUAGUUUGAUUCUGGAACUGCAAGAGAAAGUGAAGCAAGGCGACAAGAUGAGGAGAGCAAUGCACAAUACUAUCCAGGAACUGCGUGGAAAUGUCCGAGUGUUCGCUAGGACUCGACCGUUCCUGCCCUCGGAUCAUUGCGACCUGAACACAACGACUCCAGUAAUUUCAUGCGACUUCGACGGUGAAAGCUUGAAGCUGCGUCGUCCAGGAAAGAACCUUUCCGAGCCUGAUACUUUUGCUUUUACGUUCGACAAAGUGUUUCCUCCAUCCGCCGGACAAGACGCAGUCUUCGAGCAGGUGUCAGAGUUCGUCCAGUCCUCUCUGGAUGGGUACCAUGUUUGUCUGUUUUCCUACGGCCAGACUGGCUCCGGGAAAACCCACACGAUGCAAGGAAGUGGCAAUGGUCAGAUGCGGGGUAUCAUCCCACGAGCCAUCGAGAUGAUUCUCCAAGAGUGUGAGACGUUGAAAGAGCAGGGAUGGAACUACGUCACGAAGGUUUCAUUCCUGGAAAUCUACAACGAAAGUUUGAAGGAUUUACUCGCCACAAAGCGCAGCAGCGACGACAGACUCGGCAUCAAGAAAGAUGCCAAAGGAGGCGUGUAUGUUCCAGGACUGACAAUGGUGGACGUUACCGCGAUAGAUCAAGUCGAAGUUCUAAUGGAGCGAGCCAGUAGAGCCCGAAGUGUGGCUUGUACAGACAUGAACGCGCAGUCGUCACGGUCCCAUAGCGUAUUCACUCUGCACUUACAAGGAGUGAACGAAAAGGAUGGAGUAAUGCUGAAGGGUCAGUUGAAUCUUGUCGACUUGGCAGGCAGUGAGCGAGCUUCACGAUCAAAUGUCUCCGGUGAUCGAUUGAAGGAGACCCAAGCCAUUAACAAGAGUCUGAGCUGUUUGGCCGAUGUCUUCAAUGCUAUCGGAAACAAGGCUUCUCACGUAAGUUUUUCAGGUUGAAGGAGGCUCUCAUUACGCGACUCGCUCAUUUUGUUUGAUUUUUUCUGUACUUGUUGUAGAUUCCGUUCCGAAAUUCCAAGUUGACGUAUUUACUCCAGAGCAGCCUUUCGGGGGAUGGCAAGACUUUGAUGAUGGUUAACUUGUCUCCAACACUUGAAUCGGCAAGCGAGAGUCUGUGCUCACUGCGGUUUGCUAAGCAAGUGAAUCAGUGCGAGCUUGGCAAACCAAAGCGACAGAUCAAGUCCAGGAGAGAUCGGUCGUGAGCAAGAGCGAAGUGAGUUGUGGUAUACUGUAGUUUGUCCUAGAAGUUUUAUAAGCGUCACGUGUGUUCGAUGCCAAUUAAUGCCCCAUAUUUUUAUAAAGCACGGCCA